UGUAGGACUUGGCAUACUUUAGAUGUAAUCAAUUUAUUUAGAAUUUAAUGUAAUAAGUAAUACGAGUGCAAGAUACAAAGUAUCUUGAUUUAGGCUAUGAAUUAUGUUAUCAGGAGAAUGAAAAAGCAUCUAUAUUGGUGAGUAUAGAUGUGGGAAAAUCUAUCACAGUAAGAAGAACAGGUCAAUGAAUGUUCCAUUUAGGUUGUCUGGUCCUUGUGAUUUCAUUGUUUCAAUUUAUAUUUAAGCUACAGUACUAUAGAGGAUUAUCUACUCUUCAUCUAAAUUUGACAGCACACCUUUACCAUCUACCAGGACCAUGGAAAACUCUACUCACUUUAAGGUCUUUAGGCUUGCUGCAUACGGUGAUAUCGGACAAAUGAAGUAUUGCUACUUUGCUGUAGUAACUGUUUUAUAUUUUGUCAUCAUUCUUGCCAAUGCUUUACUUAUUGGAGUUAUCUGCAUUGAAAGAAGCCUUCAUGAACCCAUGUAUCUGUUUCUAUGUGCUUUGUUUGUUAAUCAGUUGUAUGGAAGCACUGGUUUGUUUCCUGCUCUCAUGUUUUACUUGCUGUCUGACACACAAGAUAUUUCCCUUCUUUAUUGUUAUCUCCAGAUUUAUGUGUUGUACACAUACGGUUUAACGGAAUUUAGCAAUUUAUCAGUUAUGUCCUAUGACAGGUACAUCUCUAUUUGUUAUCCUCUACAGUAUAACAAUAUUAUGACACCUAAAAUAGUUUUGGGCUUAAUUCUGCUGUCCUGGUUGUAUUCUUUUUUCCUCAAUGCCAUCAUUAUCUCCCUGAGUUUGCGACUGCAAUUUUGUGGUAACGUUCUAGACAGACUGUAUUGUGACAACUACUCAGUCGUCAAGCUUGCCUGUUCAAAUACUACGCUGAAUAACAUAUGGGGUCUUGUAGGCACUGCGCUCUCUUUUUCCUGUACUAUAUGUCCUACCAUAUACUCAUAUGUAAGAAUUCUACAAAUAUGUUUAAAGUCUUCUAAAGAGACGAAACAGAAAGCAUUUAACACCUGUACACCACAUAUAGCCUCUUUGCUGAACUUCUCCUCUGGCUGGUUGUUUGUGAUUCUGCAAGGCAGAUAUGAUACUGCACAUCUUCCACCUAUACUUCGCACUAUUUUAUUGGUUUAUUUUCUAAUAUGUCCACCACUUUUUAAUCCUAUUAUGUAUGGCAUUAGGAUGGCUAAAAUCAGGCAGGCUUGUAAAAAGGUAUUGAGGCUUUGACCUAAAACAUAAUCUGAUUGUUAUUUUUUUGGUAAUAAUUAAUUGUGUGUUGCUGCUUCUUUUUGCUUCUUUAGACUGUACAAAUAUAUUGUAUAUUUGGCAAAAUGAUUUAAGAAAUUGUAUCUUUUAUCAUUUAUUUUCACCUAGUGUUGUCAUUUUAGGUAUCUGAUAUUUUAUAAUUAACCAAUUAAAUAAGGUGACCCCCAAGCCUCUGUUUUAAAACGUUUCUGGUUUUCUACAUUUUUCAAUAUUAGGGCGAAAAUGUAUUUUCUGCUGGCAGAUGUUUGGGUUUGUUAAUAAAUAGACUGAGUGAAUAGAAUAAAAUGAGUUGCUACUUGCUCGUCAAAAACUCAACAUGUAGUUCCAAUGGUGAAUGUUUAUCAACUCACAUUUGAUUUGUCACAUACACGUGUUUAUCAGAUGUUAUUGAGGGUGUAGUG